AGGACCCAGGUGGUGGUGGUCGGAGCCACUUUCCCUGCGGGGCUGAGUCAGACGCUGGGGAAGUUCACUGAUGUGAGCCGGUUUGUCACCCUCACCACCCAGAGCUUGCACCGCCUGCCACCCCAUGUCCAGCAGAAAUUUGUCCGCCUCAAAGGCCAGGACAAGCUGCCUGAACUGCUGCAGCUACUCAAGGAUCACCCAGCAUCUGGUGGGACUGUUCUCAUCUUCUGCAACAGUGCCAGCACUGUCAACUGGCUGGGCUAUAUCCUGGAUGACCACAAAAUCAAGCAUCUGAGGUUACAAGGACAGAUGUCAGCAGCUGCUAGAGCUGGCAUCUUUGCCUCCUUCCAGAAGGGUGAUGUGUCUGUCCUUGUCUGCACUGACCUUGCCUCGCGGGGGCUGGACACCAGCAGCGUGCAGCUAGUGGUCAACUAUGACUUCCCAGGCACCCUGCAGGACUACCUGCACCGCGUGGGACGAGUUGGGCGGGUUGGAAGCAAGGCACCUGGAGCUGUGGUUAGUUUUGUCACCCAUCGGUGGGAUGUGGACCUGGUGCGGAAAAUAGAAACUGCAGCCCGGAAAAGGACAGGUCUCCCAGGCAUGGACUCCACUAUUAGUAAGCCUCCACCUAAAGGAGCUUGA